CAUUUUGUGGACGCCAGGGAGCCGGGCGGAGGGUGUGGACUUCAGCCGCCGCGGUUCUCACUCCGGAUCUCGAAAUGCAUCGUGAUUCCUGUCCACCGGAUUGUAAGGUUUACGUGGGAAAUCUUGGGAACAACGGUGACAAGACUGAGUUGGAACGGACUUUUGGCUAUUAUGGGCCACUCAGGAGUGUGUGGGUUGCUAGAAACCCUCCCGGCUUUGCUUUCGUGGAGUUUGAAGAUCAUCGAGAUGCAGCUGAUGCUGUCCGAGAGCUAGACGGGAGAACCCUGUGUGGCUGCCGAGUAAGAGUGGAACUGUCCAAUGGUGAAAGGAGAAGUCGAAACCGAGGCCAGCCUCCCUCUUGGGGGGUUCGUCGCCCUCGAGAUUAUCGGCGAAGGAGUCCUCCACCUCGCCGCAGGUCUCCAAGAUGGAGAAGCUUCUCCCGUAGCCGGACCAGGUCCCUUUCCAGAGAUAGGAGAGAGAGAUCACUAUCUCGGGAGAGAAAUGAUAAGCCUUCUCGAUCCUUCUCUAGGUCUCGCUGAUCUAGGUCAAAUGAAACGAAAUAGAAGACCAGUUUCCAAGAUGUACAGGAAAUAACUUCCUGUGACAGGAGUAUGUACAGAAAAUUUGAGACUUAAGCGUGGUGCAUUAAAAAAAUUUUUUUUAAUGCUGUCCUUUGUAAUGUUUUGUGAGAAUCCUUGGAAUAAAGUUUUGAUUACAAAAAAAAAAGCUGCUUUAUUGACUUAAAUGGCAAAUUUAUAAAAGGUUAACGAUUUUAUAUAUUCAAAAUGAUUUACAUUAUUAACAUAACAAUUGCACGUGUACAGUUAAGGCUGCACUCAUACUGUACACCAAUAAAAGUAAAUAUCCAAGGGGUUCUUCAUAGAUUAAAACCCAUAAUUCUUUGAUUACAAAUACAUACUAUUUAAAAACAAAUGUGUUUUCCCAUACCUCCCCUUAUCUCUUCAUUCCAAAACCUCAUUUACUUAACAAUUUAUUUAUACUUUAAAAAAGUCUUUCAUAAUCUUCACACUUCAUUGACUUAAAAUGAAUGAUUGAGUCUUUUUAAAAACUUUAACUGUAUUCAAAACUGAUUGAUGUUUGAAAUGUUAAAAAGCAAAAUAAAACAAUCUUCUUAAAUAUGCAUAAAUAUUUAAAUAUAGAAAACCUCCAUCAAAAGUCAAAACAAAGUAUAUUUAAUGUUUGUAGUAGUAAGAAGAAAAGGGCAAUUCAUGCCAGGGGAAGAUUUAAAAAUGAGACUUUUCCAGCAAACACUGCCUAUGGGACAGCCUCUAUUUUGAUAAUUUAAAUCUAAAUUUACUUAGACAAAUAAAGAACUAUUUUAAAAGAUCACGCCCACAAGUAAUUAACUGGUAUUUUGUUUACAAAGCACAAUAUUUCAGUACAACAAAUUCAUCUCAAAGAAACAAAGUAUGUGUGGCCUCUUAGCCUUUGAAACGCCCUUGAUUUCUAUUUAGAUGAUUUAACAUGGAGUUGUGAUGUGCAAACACAAGAAGCCUGUGUAA